CUAUUUAUUUAUUGACGUUGAACGUAGUCAAAGCAACUGUCAAUAGCUCGCCAUCUGAUUAGUGAUUACGUUAUAAAGUUAAAAAAAGUUGUUCUAAUAAGAAAUCAAGGUAUCAACUAUGACCACUUCGACGUACAUUAAACAGUUUAAGACUGAAGAAAAAAUUGCCAGUGAGCCUUGGCCUGAUGAUGCAGUUCUGUAUCAGCCCUACGAAGUGGAGCAAAUCCUUUUAGCCGAAAAUGCAAGUUGUCUUGCAGUUAAAGCUUAUUUAAGAAUGUGCAACAUGCCCUUUACAGUACGAUCUAGCGCCAACGCCGAAUUCAUGUCACCCGGAGGCCGAAUGACAAAGCUGCCGUUCAUAAAAGUUGGAGCAUUUAUCGUAGCCGAAUUCGAACCUAUUGUAAAUUUCGUUGAACAAAAAGAAGCUGCCAUUGGACAAUGGCUUAACGAAGAUGAAAAAUAUGAUUUGCGUUCUUACGUGUCUCUAGUGGAAAAUAUUUUCACCAACGCUGAAUUAUACAUUUCGUUUUUGGAUAACGAGGUUUACAGAACCGUUACACAGCCACGCAAUGGAUGUGUCUUCCCAUGGCCCCUGAACACAAUCCAGAACUUUAAAAAACGAAGGCAUGUUUUGAAACAACUCAAAGUAUACCAAUGGAGCGACAUGAAUUUGGAAGAAGUUCUAGAAAAAGUUGUUAAGUGUUGUGAAACUCUUACAAGCAAACUAGAAGAAAGUACUGGGCCUUUCUUUUUCGGAGAUGAGCCUACAGAAUUAGAUGCAAUUAUCUUUGGCCAUCUUUUCACAAUACUAACAACAACACUCCCAAAUAAUAAGUUAGCACAAAGUAUUCAAGGCUUUAAGAAACUUGUAGAUUUCUGUCAAAACAUUGAUGCUAAAUACUUCAAUUUAUCAUAAAAUAGAUUUUUAUUUUGCUUGAAAUAAGAGGAUAUUACAAAUCGUUAAAUUAUAUUCUAUUCUAUUUAUGUAUGUCUUAUAUGUAUAUGAGUUAAAAUUUCUGUGCAAGGAAGUUUGCUUACAAAAUAAAUCAUUUUUAUAAUAAAAGUUAAAACUUAAACAAAAUAUAGCUAAACAAUAGGGAAAAAACUUGGAAGUAAAUAGAGACAUUUGCACUCUAUAAAAAGUGUAUCAUAUGUAAUCAAACAUUUGAACCUUGACACUUUUAAUAAUAAAAAAUAAUAGUUAUUAAUUA